AGAGAAUCUAGGUCUAGUAGCAAAUCAAAAUGGAUAGCGGCAGCAACUCCAACAAUCUGAUCGGUGUAAGAGAGCAAGAUGGGACUGGUUAUGAUUACACCGCCAUAUUCAUAAGAAUUAUCAACAAGCAAGUUGAGGUGUUGCUUAAGCUUCUACAAGUGAAGUACUCAUCCGAUUCCCCGUUGGAUAUGAUCGGCGUUAUAAUCGUGCUGGUUUUCAUUCCGAUAUCAAUGGUUUACAUGGUUGCAGCAGAGGUGAUAACCCAUGUUCCAAACACAAGCUACCGUCAUGUCAUUGGGCCCAUCAUUUAUAUUUCCGGUGUCCUAACUUGUGUCCUACUAUUAUUGAUACUCUUUCCAACUUUUUGGUUGUUCAUUUUACUUCCAUGUUUUGCAUUCCUAUUCACAAUAUCCAUAUGGGUAUUAUACCACUCGCGUCAACAGAUUUUUGGGUUCUUCCAUGAUGGAAUAUACGCCCGAUUACACAACUCAUCCCAAUGGGUCUUCAAUCUAUUUCAUAGCGGAGAAGCAAAUCCUCAAGCAUUUAGUGAAAACUCCACGGGUAAUGCUCCGGCAGCAGUAUGA